AUGACUAAACUGAAUAAUAUUCAACAAACUGAAUUACUUAUGCAACUUAUACGCUCCUAUGGUUCCAAUAGGAAUAUAAUUGCUUUCGAAGGUGAAAACAUUAUGUCAAGAUACAUUCGAACAUAUCAGAUGAGUAUAAAUCUGCUCAGCCUCAUUUUUUGGUGUAUAUUUUCAAAUAAUUUUGUCAAUACGGUUAAUACAAGCAAAUCUGCUGGCUUGCUGCAAAAACACUGGCUAAAAGACGUCGACGAUGAUGAACUCAGACAAAUGAUUGAAGAUGCGAAUAUCACUGAAGAACAAUUGAAUGAUCCAGAUCAAACUUCUGAUAUAUUUCAACGCUUAAUAUUUUUAUCCCCUAAAAACUUACGUCGAUUUAUGCAAGUUUUAAGAGAAUGGGAUAAUCUUAGUCAACGAAUAAGGUAUGGACGGUAA